CAAUGAUCGAAGAUCGAAAACGCAACGUGAGAUAGGAGGGCUGUUAGAGCAGAGCUUCAAAUUUGAAGACUGAGUAGGGUGCUAAGAGUGAUUUAAAAUAUUUAAAAAAAUGUUACCGACUUGAAGUAACAGACUGCUGUCCAAAGUAGUUGUCUCUCCACCCCAACUGAUUUUGAAGGAAUAUCGUAAUGAAACUCAAAUUUCACAAAUGAUGGAAUUUAGAUACAAGAGAUGGAUGGGGAGGUAAGAAGCCAGCUCAUCAUUGAAGCAUCACUUAUCAUAUGUCUCCGAAGGUGGUGCACAUUAAAAUCGAGGUGAGCAUAUUGCGCCUGAAUCAGAUACAACUUGGGCUAUCUCCCACUUCCCCCACAAUGAACACAAGGAGUUAAUUCUAACGUAGCAGAAUAAGCGCGAAUCCAUCGGCAACCACUCAAAGGUGAUUCAACAUGACCUUGACCUCGACUCUUGGAACAGUCAGAAAUACGAUUCCAAGCAUAUCCAGAGACACAAUCAGUGGGAGAGAAGCUUCAACUUAUGGGAGAACAUUGAAUCUACUAGAUCCAUGGUCGAAAAGCUUUGGGCAGAUCACAGUAGUAGCGCAUCGAGCUGUAAGACUACCUAAAUAUGCUGAGUCCUCUUCAUGCACUCAAGAAACUUAUCUUUCUUGGGGAAAGAGAAUUACUACAAGAGCUGCAUUUGGAUUUCCAGCUUCAACCACGAGUAGAAACAAAUUGUUCAAUAGUACACAGAAGGGUGAGCGUGAAAAAAACCGAAGGUCAAGCAUCGUGAAGUGCGAAGAAACACCAGGACAUGAUGAGCAUUGUGAGGAGUGGAAACGUUACAAAAAAGCUAAUACAUCGAGUUGCGAGGGACAAGAUCAUGGGGAGGUAAGAGAGUGGAAAACCAUGAGAGACGCGUCUUCUGAGCACACACGACGGCGUGGUGAAGAACGAGAGAGCAAUGAAGAGACAGAGUGGAAGGGUGACAAGGUAGACUGUGAGCAUCCUGAGUACACACCAAACUGGCGUGGAGAACGAGUUGAUGAGGGUCGUGCGUCAAGCUCUCUCCGGGUUGGAGAUAAGGGAUACGUGAUAAAAGUGAGCAAGGAACUGAUGGGCCUCUUCUGCUACAUUGAAAAGCGGAAACGAAUCCUGAUCAAAGAGCUUGCACAUACCCUGAAACAGGUUGCAGCUGUGGCAUUUGUAUUGACAUGCGUGAGGGGAGUAUUUUCACCACUUGUGGAAGUAUUUAGGACCUCACCACCGACGUGGUCUAAGUUAUUGCUUAUGCUAGUCUCGUUUGACUCCGUCGCCAUUUGUUACUUGGCAAUCAAAUCGGCAGAGCCGUUGGAUCAGCUUGGAGCUCUCGCCACAGAGAACAGGCCAGACAUCAUGGAAGGUAUUGAGAAAGAAGAGGAGAUGGUUAUCAAAUUUGCAACAGAAUUCAUACGGCUGUUCAAAAGAUUGAGAAACAUUGCGAUUUCUAUAACAGUGUCACAGCUUGCGCAACUAGUAUUCACAGUGUUGAGGUUGAAAGACCCACAGUUUGUACACAACUGCUUGAGAAUUGUACAGACAUGGAUGCAGACGCCCUGGGCAUGAUCAACAAUGCAUCGCACUUGGAAGAUCCCAAUCUGGACACAUUUUUCAUAGUCCUACAUGUACUCCAAAGUUCCAUACCUCUCUCCGUUAGUGGCAACAAAACCAGAGCAUAAUUGGCAGAACAAUGAAAUGAUCAGCUCUAGGAAAUUGCAUAUGAGAACUGUAUAAUGGCCUCAACUAGCGUCAGUACUUCAAGUUGAAGAAGUUCGUGCAAGUGUCUCAUUCAAGAUAAAAACCAGAUCACAAAAGCUACAGUAGGUCGUGACGAAUUUCAAGGAUUGCAAAUUUUGUCUAAACAGCAAAUUGGGUAACUAGUUGAACAUAGAGCUAGAAAUGGCUUAACUUGUAAAAUCACCACUUGAAUUUAUAUCAGUUGUAAUAAGAUAACUCAAACGCGAGACUCCUGAUACUCAAAAUUUACCUGGAGAUAGGUUGCACUCCGUCAAAGGUCAACAGAAAGGAUAAAGACGAGUCUCAUGUCCUGAUCUUUGAAAGAUAUAUUUUCUAGUACAAUCUAUUCUAAUCUUCGGUCAGUUCGUAAUGGCUCAGCCUUGUCGAAUUUUGUUACCAUUCUGUUGCAAAGCAGACACAGGUUUCAGAAGACAUGCAUCGAAAAAAACUUCAUGUCCCUCGUAUUUGCUUUGGCGACACUUGAAGGAGUUAUUGACAACUGAUUAAUCGUCCCAGCAAGAGAAGAGAAAAAUAUAUUCAGAAAGGAAGAGACCGAGUAGCCCUUGGAUGGAGAUCAAAAUACAGGGCUGAUCACCUAAGUGGUCUAAGCAAAAUAGCAGCAGCAAAACUAAGAAUUCUUGUUCUCUUAAUUCCUAAAUCAGGGUUGAGCACAAGACAACUGGCAUAGUUGGAACCAAUAACUAAUUAAGUUUGGUUGACUUCGAUUUUUUCACAAUAUUCCAAUACCUCCUCUUGGCAAUUACUUGUUGACAGAAAGGUUGUGGUUAGAAGAUUAUGUACUAAUUCUAAAUAAUAUUUAACAAGACUUAAUAUAAGUUUA